GGAGGCGGCCCCUGCUCUGGAGCUUGCUCGAAUACGGCACCUGUUCCGCGGCACCGGCCGCUGAAGGAAGAAGCGCCCGCCGAGCCGUCUUGUAGAGUUGCAUCAUGCCACCCAGGGUGUCUUUGGCAUGCUGAUCGGGCUGUUCUGGGCUAAGAUACCACCUAACGGACACUCAGCUUCUGCUCCCUGUCACGAUGGGUAGGGAGGUCCCCGUUGGCCCCGACACUCGCUCCACCUGCCAUAAAGCCAAGCAUAUCUGCCAACACAGUCCGUUCUGCAGCAUUUAGCCUUUGUGCAUUUCUCGUCAACUGGCCUCAACGAUAGAAAAAAUAACGGACGCAUCGGCGGCAAGACGGAUCGCGCGCCCCAGAAUAAGAAUCUCGGGAACGAUCAUGUAUGAGGCUUAGGUUGACGCCGCCACACAAUUUUAUCUGCUACUAAAAAUGACCGAAUCACGACAGCCAGGCAUCUUUGCCUGCAUCUUUUGCGUCGUCAUACCUACCACCGUUAUUCUCAGCCUUCGUUUUUAUGCGCGCCGUCUCAAGGGUCUCGCUUUCUAUUACGAUGAUUACCUAGCGCUUCUCGCCUAUCUGGCUUGUAUAGCGUACGACGCUUCUGUAUUUUUUCUCAUGGCCAAUGGAUUGGGCCUCCGAUUAGCCGAUGUCCCCGUAUCGCUGGAAAUGGCAAAAUAUUACCAAGCUUUAAUCCAAGAAGUCGAAGAACAUGCCUACACGGUCGCUAUAGGCGCUUCACAGCUGUCGCUGCUGGUGCUCUUCUGGCGUCUCUUUUCGGAUAGCAUGGCCUCUUCACGAAUAAUAAUCAUGAUAUUGAUAGUCUUGGUCACAGUAUGGACCUUGGCUAGACUCUUUAUCGCCGUCUUCCAAUGCUAUCCUCCCGCAUUCUUUUGGGAUAAGACGCUAAACGGUGUCUGUCAUGUUGACCCUGCCAAAUUCUUCCUGUGGUCUGUCUCGACACAUUUAGUCUUUGAUGCCGCUUUGAUGGCUCUCCCAGCCAGUCAAAUUAGCCGACUUCGAUUACCACUUGUCCAGAAGACAGCGAUUACAGCCAUGUUUAUGUUUGGAAUUUUUGUCUGCCUCGCAUCAAUCAUGAUGAUUGUCGAGUCUCUCAGAUACGACGCCUUUGACGUAGAAGUCAUGUGGAACUGCACACCAAUUGUCGAGUGGUCAGCAGUAGAGAUGCAUCUCAGUGUCAUUACUUGCUGCUUACCCAUUCUUCGCCCUGUCCUUCAUGCCUUUGGCGGGUGGUGGGCUCGAAACUUUUCCUCUGGUGACGAGAGUGGCGACUCGAGUAAUAAUAGUUCUGCGCUGAAGCCGCCUGCUGCGCGCAGGUUAUGGCACGAAGGCGAAUCAACACACGAAUUAACGACGCUGGAAACACAGCUGGAACCGACUCACAUAUACGGCCAAGGCUCCCGAGCGGAUGCCAUCAUCACAACACCACAUUUAUCACAAGACAAAAUCGGCGAGAUGCCAGAGGAGGCCGAAGCAUCCCACAAUGGGGGGAUUACAGUUCGAUAUGAAGUCAAGUUAGAGGUGGAAACGAUAAGCAAACCCCGCUAAAGAAGAAGGAGAAAAUUUAUGUAUAUAUAUGUAUAAUGUGGCAAUGAUAGACAUCUAAGACAAGCCCAAGAUUGGUUUGAUCGCUUGCAAAGCUUGGAAGAGCUGAUUAUCGUGGUAUCGGCGUGCAACAAUCUGCAGGUUGAUUGGAGCGCCGUCAAAGUCGCCCUUUUCCCAGAGCUGCCUUACACGUAUGCAUUCCUCACUCAAUGGUUCUGUACGGUUAUAUUCCGGGGUUCCUUCUUUGCCUUCUGUGCGAAUAGGUGUUGGGAACACUGCACCAGGGCAGUCGAGAUAGUUCCAGAGAGCUGUGUAGUUCCAGUCCCAGGCUGUGUCGUGUUCGCAGGCGGGACCGACAAAGGCCGGCACAAUAACAACGUCGGCAUCUUGCGAGCUCCAGUACUUGGCAAACUCGCCCCAAAAUGCAUCUCUUUGGCGACGGUGGGCGUACAUGGUAUCAAUAGUAUGCUCCCCUUCCGGCACAGCGUCGGCACAGAUCCAUUCAGUCAGAGGAUGCUCAGGCUCCCCCGUCUCUUGGAGACAUUGCUUAACUCCAGCGAUACCAUUGCACCAGUAGAUUUUGCGAAUAUUAGCAAUAGCCUCUGCUGUCUUAUGAGGCUGAAAGUCCACAACCUUGACCCCAGCCGCAAGUAACGUCUCUCGAGCCCAGUUGAGGGCUCGAGUUACUGGUGGUUGAGGCUGGAUAGCACCAUCUGUCAUCAUGAAUCCAAUCUUUAGUGGUUGUGGGCUAGUGGGAGUAUUUAGGCCUGUCCACGGAAUGGGAAUCAUGUUUGGAUCUAGCAGCCACGGCUGGGACCGAAUGACAAUGGACAUGAAGAGGUCCAUGUCCCGGAGCGAGACGGCCAUCGGGCCAGCAGCGCCGGGAAUAUUCAGCAUACAGGGAAUAUCGGAUUCGAGGUAUCCGUAACUUGGGACAUAGGUGGUCGUGGGCUUGAAGCCGUAGAUGCCACAGAAUGCAGCAGGACCGCGAAUACUACCGCCAAUAUCUGUGCCAAGACCAAGCAGAGAUCCUCGCAGGGCAAUCAGCGCGGCUUCACCGCCCGAAGAGCCUCCCGCAGAUAGGUUGUAGUUGUAAGGGUUCAGCGUUCGGCCAUAGAAGGAUGUUGUCUCCAGAUGCAUAAUGGCCUGUGGCUGAUUUGUCUUGCAGUAGAAGACGGCGCCGGCGUCACGCAGAAUCUUGACAAUCUGGCAAUCCUCGUCAUUCUUCUUGAUCGUGUUGAUGAAGCCAGUGCUGCUGUAAUGCCCCUUCAUGGGUGCAUGGACUUUGAUGCUCACUGGCACACCGUGCAGAGGACCGACAGUAACGCCAGUCUUGAGAAGAUAGUCGUCAAGCUCCUUGGCCCGCGCGACAGCGUCGUCCAUGAACCAUUCUGUAAGGCAGCAGGUGAGCUGGUGCGCAAUCACGGCGCGCUUGGAAAAGGCAAUGGCCACUUCUACGGCAGAGUAUGUCUUGUUGGCGAUGGCCUGGGCGAGGGACGUUGCGUCGUGAGUUUCUGUGAUUUCAAGUUCCCGGCUAGUCAAGAGGCCACAGGUACUGGGCACUUUGGUGACGUCUUUCCCGGCAUUUUUAACAGCGUCUUCAGAUAACCAGAGGGUUUCGGGAAUAGAGUCGGAUAACUCUUGCAGCACGGUGGCUCGCUUAGCCUCAUAUGCCUCAGUACCUGGAGGGCUGGGCUUGACGAUGCGCACUGGUAUCGAGGGCAUCUUUUCUAUGCUGUGGUUGGUUGUAUUUGUAGAAUUAUAAAAAGGAGAAGGGUCAGUCAGGAGAUUAAGUAGUUGUAAAAGAAAGAGAUUAUCAGAAGAGAGUCUUUAUAGACCAAUGUGCGCGUUAUGGAGUUUAUGAACACACUGCAACCUAACCUUGGCCGUGGCCACCACCCCGCUCAUGUCUCUCGGGCGGGUUUCCGCAGAUUUCCGAGACGGUUGCGCGGAGAAAUGCCUGCCAACGCAAAAUGUAGUAUAAAUGUAUUUCAAUGUACGGGUAUCUUAGUAAGAAGUGAUAGCUGAGACUAUACUUUUGGAGCUCCUCAUGUUCGGCCACCACAACCACCUCCUGCGGACUGAGGCCGCUGCCUGAUCUCUAUCAUGCCAGUUUCGGUAGCUGCCGCACAGCUUGCAGCUCUAUUCCAUUCGGUUCACGACGAUUGCUCGCGUUUUCUGCAACCGAAACACCUGAUUCAUAGUAACCUCGGAUUUCGUUGUGUGGUCUAGGAAACCGUUCUGGAUGGCGGGGCUGCGAUGCAGCGGCUGCCUUUCUCGCGUAAUGGCGAGGAGGCGCUUGUAUCGCAGUAAGUGAAUUUGUUGGGGGAACCUCCAUGGGAGACGUGACGGCUGCGAGAUCGCGGGCUCUGUCUUCCCUCAUCUCCUCCUUGCGGUUCCGUCUGUAACUCCACCAGAUACAUAUAGAGAUGCAGAGAAUGAGGACAAAGAGCACGGCGCCAAGACUUGCGCCGAUAACAGAUGGGCCUGCUGUUUCUCUGGGUGCUAUGCUUCGUGCUUGCUUGAUGACCUUGUUUCCACCCAUGUGUCCUGUUUCACGCAUUGCAUCGCAAUUCUCCACGGCCUUCCACAGACCGGUAG